AUGGCCAUUGCAGUUCUCAUGCUGACAAUAGCAGCGGGCAUUACUAAGGGAGAUGUCAUUCGAACAGUUUUCUGUAGAAAACAGUGCACAGAUUAUUUAGAAAUUCCGGAAAACUCCAUGCCACUCUGCGCCCUCGAGCACUUACAACUCAAAGAAUGCGGAACAGGUGUUUGA